UUGGAAUGAAAGACAGAAAAUGAAAAUUUUCAAAGGUUUGAAUAACGUGAUGUUUUCAAUUUAACGGCGCUAGAGUUAAACGUUUUUCGAACUAUCUGUUGGUCUUUGUUGUCGACGAGCUAAAAAGGAUGUUUUCUCCAUCUCAAAACUCUGCGUCUCCUAAACUUCAUUUGAGUCUAUCACUGGACACGGCAGCUCUAAGUGCAGCCCAGAUUUCAGGAGUGACAGAAGUGCUUUUGAUCAACAAACUACUUAAUCAGUGUCUGGGCUCUCUGUCUGUAACUUUCACCACUGGAACCGAACAGCAGAGUUAUACUCAGAAUAGCAGCACAUGUUCACCACGAUCGCCAAGAAUUUUCCAAAAGGCCAAACGAAGACUUCCGAAUGGUGACGUUGAGCAAUCUCCGAGAUCCUUCAAAACCAGAAGCAACGAAAACGGCGAUUUCAAUCCUCAUUUAGAAUCGAAACGAAAUAGAGAUGAAAACUCGAGGUGAUGGCUCCCCGACAAAUUUAUCCAAUCAAGAUGUACAGAAUCUAGCUGAAGGCAGAUCAAAUACAAAUGGCAAUCAAAGCUCUGAGUCAGAAUCAACAGAAACAGUGGACCAUUUUCAUUCUUCAUUGAUUGCUCCGGAUCUGAACGAAGCUCCGAAAAGUUUACCUUUGUAGACGAUGCUACAUGUAAAAGUAGUCGACCAAGUUUAGCUGAAAGAAUAAAGUCCUUAAGUGAGGUCUCAAUUAAUGAUUUUGAAAGAACAAGUUGCAUUACCUGGAAGUUCAAAAGUAGCCACAAAAGUCAAAGAAGAAUUUGACUUGAGGUGGCGGUGUAGGUAGAUAAAAUGGAAUUCUAUAAUAACAGCCAAUCAUUGCAACAAGCGAACGAACUGGGUAGUAUGCACAGUUUUCCAAUACCACCAAUGAAUUUUCAAAACGCUCAAAGUUUCAGUCCAAUUUUUUCCAAGGCCAACUAAUAUGCAUUCAUUUCCAGUUCCCAAUCAAGUAAUGACUCAUCAGCCGAUGAUGAACAAUCACAUGGUUCCCGUUCAAAGGAGUAGGUUUGGGAAUUUGCACCAGGGGCCACUCAUAUGCUGGGUCAUAUGCAACCAGGGUUUUUUAUUCUGCAGUCCAGCCGAACACAACCCCAGCUAUGGGUUACUCUGAAGAGCAGUCUCGAAGUUUAUUCAGUUGUCACCUCUGCAGCUACAAGGCCACCCGAAUUGAACUAGUGCGAUCCCACCUUCGCAACUAUCACAGCAGUUUGCGACCAUUCAAGUGUAUUCUGUGCUCUCACUCGUGCAAAACACGCUGCAAUUUAAUCAGUCAUUAUCGUGGGCUUCACCGCAUGGACAUAGAAGAAGCUAGAAGGUAUGCUAAAAGUAGCCAUGUCAUGAAAUAUGGUCCAAACGUCUCCGCCCAUUUUGCCGGCCCAGCUAUUUCUAUGAAUCGAGCGUACGACAGUAAUAUUUCGUCAGCUUCAAACCCACUCGCUAGUGAAGCGGCGGCGAUGAGUGCUCAAGCAAUGACAGCGGCAAUUGAGAGCUCGGAGCAAGUCGUGUCGGCUCUACUAGCCGAAGACGACACUGGCGAGAGUAAUUCGAGCCAAGGAAGUUGAUUUAUUUUUAUUCUCUCAGACAUGAAUUGUAUUCUUUUUGCAGAUGUUUCAAAGUUGUUAUUAGUUAAGUGUCUGAUUUAUAUCUUUGUAUUUAUAUCUUUCAUAUUUGCGAAAUUUAUUUGACGU